AUGUCCACCACAAUUCAAGACGUUGCCGAUCAGUCCUUCGAUUUCGUAGUUAUCGGAGGGGGGGCAGCAGGUCUUUGUUUAGCAUCUCGGCUUGCUGAAGAAUCUACGUUCUCUGUUCUUGUGUUAGAAGCAGGACAGGCUAAUUUAGAUGAUCCCGCCAUACUGCUACCUGCGCAAUAUGGGACGCAUUUUGGUCAGAGUGCUUAUGAUUGGCAGCAUGAAACGGUUGGGCAAGAAUUUUCGAAUGGAAGAACAUAUUCUUGGAAUAGGGGGAAAGGUUUGGGCGGAAGCUCUGGUGUCAAUUUCCUAUGCUGGAUGAAACCCCCCAAAGAAGAGAUAGAUGACUGGGAGAGACUUGGAAACCCGGGAUGGAAUUGGGAGCGUUAUCAACAGAAGUUGCGUGGCUUGGAAAACUUUCAUGAAAAAUCUACUGCUGGUCGUGACUUAAACUUCAGCGAUGAGACAAUCGGAGUUGGCGGUCCCAUUCACCUUCAUUAUCCAAAUACUAUCACUCGACCGGAGACGCUCGGCUUCCAAACAUGGCUAAAUUUGGGAGUACCUAGAGCGCCUGCUCCAUUGAACGGAAAUCCCAAAGGCGCACUCAUCACGCCCAAAACGAUAGAUCCUGCAACUUACACACGCAGUUACGCAACGACGGCGUUUUAUCUUCCCAAUGCUCAUCGCGCUAAUUUCCACGUGAUGAUCGGAGCACAUGUCAAUAGGAUCCUUACUCGCUCCGGUGAUGCUGGCGGCGAUGUGGUCGCCACAAGUGUGGAGUUCUCCCACAAUGGAUCAGUUUAUACUGUCAAUAUCGGAAAGGAAGUUAUUCUUUCUGCAGGUGCAUUGAAGUCCCCGCAAAUUUUGGAGCUAUCGGGAAUCGGGCGGAAGGACGUUUUGGGAGCAUUGGGUAUUCCAGUCAAAGUUGAACUGCCGGGGGUUGGAGAGAAUGUACAGGAGCACUUGUACAGUGGGAUUACCUACGAACUGGCCGACGACGCUGACGAUCUUACACUCGAUAUUUUGCGAGAUCCUGUAGGACGUGCCAAGCACCUUGAACUGCUAGCGAAAGGCGAAGGUGCCUUUACUGCAGGCAUAUGUGAAUUUGCUUUCAUGACUCUUCAAUCAAUUUCCGAUCGCGCUGAAGAGAUCAAAAAGUCUGCAAGAGAGAAACUAGCCAAGAACUGGUCGACUUAUUCUGCUGGUCUCCGUGACCAAUAUGAAAUUCAGCUUGAACGCUUAGAAAAUGCAGCUGGGUGUGAGGUUAUCCUGGUACCCGGGUUCUUUACCAUACCCAAUCCUCCUGUUCCUGGUAAAAAAUACUUCACUAUCCUGUUUGCAUUAAACCACAACUUCUCGAGGGGUACCAUUCAUGCUACCUCAGCAGAUCCGAAUGUUGAUUCAGAGUUCAACCCUCACAACUUUGAAGAAGACGUUGAUCUUCAAACAUUUAUUGAACUCCUCAAAUAUGCUAGGAAGAUGUCCCAAACGGCACCCUUAAAAGAGGUCCUUGCCAAGGAGAUCAAUCCAGGACCCGAAGUUAAGACAGAUUCCGACAUGGGCGAUUAUUUGAAACAGUACUGUGCGACGACAUUCCAUACUAUUGCAAGCCUUUCCAUGAUGCCAUUGGAAAAAGGUGGAGUCGUGGACAGUAGCCUCAAGGCUAGUCAUCUUCUUCUCUGCUUCGCAUUUAGGAUAGUUAUCUUUUUUCACCAGGUAUAUGGAACAUCCAAUAUUCGGGUGGCCGAUUUAUCUAUCGUGCCCCUGCAUGUUGCAACGCACACGCUUACAACCGCGUAUUCGAUUGGAGCACAGGCUGCUGACAUCAUCAAGGAAGAAUAUAACAAAGCUUAA